UUGUUCAUCACGAUUUGGAUUGAUUUUAAUAAUUUCAGAUCGGCAAGGAAGUCACGGAUGACGUUAAUCAGUUCGUCCCUAUCGUACGUUUCCUCUGAAAUGGAGCCAAAAUGUCAAAGGUGGACCGACAGAACUUUCCCGACAUUUUCCCAACAAAGGUUGUUUAAUCUUGAUCGUGGCGCCGGCCGGCUUAUAGAAUCCUCCGAAAGACACAAUAAAUACCUAAAUGAAUCGAACCUUUUCAAUUCAUAAGAGAAACCCAGUAUCAUAAUUUUCGCUGUUUUCAUUUUCUUGAUCGUUUGAUCCCCUUAUUAUACCAUGCAAUCGGUCAUCUUCCUGAGCUCUCUGUUUCUUUUUCUUCUCUGGUCUCUUGCCAAGCUCUUGCACAAGCUAUGGUGGAAUCCGCUCAGGAUACAGAGGAUGAUGGCCCAACAGGGGAUCUCUGGCCCUCCUUACAGGUUCCUCCAUGGAAGCACCAAGGAAACAAUCAAGAUGAAGAUGGAAAUCAGGAACACGCCCAUGAACAAUCUCUCUCACGACAUAUUCCCUAAGAUUCAUCCUCAAGUCAACACAUGGAUAGACACAUACGGGAGGAAUUACCUGAAUUGGCACGGACCUCAAGCUCAACUGGUCAUCACAGAGCCAGAUCUUAUUAAGGAGGUGCUGCUUAACAGAGAGAAAACAUACCCAAAAACAGGAACUAAAGACUUUGCCAAGAAGCUUCUAGGAGAUGGGCUCGUGAGUACAGUCGAUGGCAAGAAAUGGGCGAACCAGCGUAAACUCGCCAAUCACGCUUUCCAUGGGGAAAGUUUGAAGAAUAUGGCACCGGCAAUGGUGGAGAGUGUUCACACUAUGCUAGGAAAAUGGAAGAAUCAAGAAGGGAAAGAGAUCGAGGUGUUCGGAGAGUUUAAGUUAUUGACAUCCGAAGUGAUUUCAAGAACUGCUUUCGGGAGCAGCUAUGUUGAGGGGAGGAACAUUUUUCAGAUGUUGACAGGAUUGGUUACGUUAACAUCCAAAAAUGCUUUCAAUAUAAGGUUCCCGGGAAUAAGGCUUUGGAAGACAGCGGAUGAAGUCGAAGCAGAGAAACUUGAGAAAGGCAUACGCAAUUCCAUCUUACAGAUGAUCAAGAGAAGAGAGAAGAAGGUGAUGGCCGGUGAAGAAGAUGGCUUUGGGGAUGAUUUCCUAGGACAACUUGUGAAGGCUUUGCACGAUACGGACAAGAGCAAAAAAUUCACAGUAGAUAAUUUGGUGGAUGAGUGUAAGACAUUCUACAUAGCCGGACAAGAAACUGUCAACUCAAUGAUGACAUGGAUGUUAUUCCUCCUAGCGAUUAAUCCAGAAUGGCAAGAGGAAGCAAGAAGGGAGGUUCUCAAUGUAUUUGGGAAUAAAGACCCUGAUUCCGAUGGACUAGGAAAGCUUAAGAAGAUUAGCAUGAUCAUGAACGAAACUCUGCGUUUGUACCCCCCUGUAGUCGGCUUGACUCGAAAAGUUGGCAAGAAACUGAGGUUAGGGAGGCUUGUUCUUCCUGCUAAUAGUCAGAUCUUUAUACCGACCCUUAAGCUUCACCAUGACCCUGAAAUCUGGGGGGAAGAUGUGCAUGAAUUCAAGCCGGAGCGAUUCUCAGAAGGCAUAGCUAAGGCUACCAACAACAAUGCGGUCGUGUUCAUCCCCUUCGGCUUCGGACCUCGAUCUUGCGUCGGGAUGAGCUUCGUGGCGGCAGAAGCGAAAAUCCUCCUUUCGAUGAUCCUCCAGCGCUACACCUUCAAGCUGUCCCCGGCGUAUAUCCACUGCCCAGGUCAGCUCGCGACAACCCGCCCUCAACAUGGACUUCAAAUCAGGUUUCAUCCUCUACAGCAGUAGUUCAUCACCGCAUGAUGUUCAGUCGCCAAUGUGCAUGGAUGCCUCCAUGGAUCCAUGCAACAAUGGCCUGUGAAUUCUUGGUUCCAGAGGUAUGUGAUAUUUGUAGGUAUCAAGUUGUCUUUCUUUUAAUUUCAGAAGCACUAUUCCUAUUGUGCAGUGUAUUCGAUUUGCCAAGACUCUUCACGGUGUACAAUCUUGUGUUCUAGUUCUCGUAAGUAGUUUUUUUAUUUUUUAGGCACGUACCUCAUAUGUGUGCAUGGUCAUGUAUAGUGGAACUUAAUAAUGAUUUACCAUAUUUCUUACCGAAUAAAUGCAACAUUCUGGAA